UCGGCAUGCUCGCUUCGGUUCGCAUUAAUUCGAUCCUGUAUCCGUUCGAUUCCGAAGAGACACGAUUUUGUACGAACAACGACCGUUGAACAUUCGAGGUUCGGCUGCCGGAGGGGGCUGUUCGUCUGCGAAAUUAAGGCCCGGUGCACGCGUGCGACAGUGCGUCAUGUAAUACCACGGACCAGCUGUCUGUCUCGUAUCGCAGAGUACGCGGAACGAGUGUUGCAAAGUAUAACGAAAAUACUGUCAGUGAAGUUCUGUUCUCAAGUUCUGCGUGAUCUCUAAGCCGGUUGCCCAGUGUGCGCGCUAGCUGAUUGUAUUGUUCUAUCGUUGUGCUAUGACACUCUGGAUACGAUCGUAAACGGAUUAGGUGGCAGCUGCGUGGUCACGGUACGAGGAUGAACAAUUACGAAGAUCGCAGAAGGUCGCGGACAGGUGCUUCGAAGAAGCCGAGGACUGCGUCCAUCGUCGGAAAUGACCAUGACGAGCGUGGCUGUCGCCCCGGGUAGCCUCGGUGCACCUCCAUCUAUGCUCACCCCGAAAAUGUAUCAUCUACAGCAGGGGUUAAACUCAACAUCGGCCUCACCCACACCUGGAAAGAACUACGACACGCUGAGCAAAGGGAAGAAGUCGUGGAGCGUAAGACUGGGCCUGUCGCGGCAGAGUCAGGGUACAGAUGAUCCCGGCAAAGGGUGGGGAACGAUAAGCGGCGGAAGCGGGAUUUCGCGUCAAAUGAUCUACGGGGAUCCAUGGCUCUAUGGUACAGUUCGGUCAUCGAGGCCUGGUCACGAGCCACGAGGCUUCAUGACACCCCCGCCUCCGCCACCCCCGGGAGCACCAGUAUUGGUAGUAUGUUCCUGUCCGGAAUUUCUCAGCGGGACCACCCGGAAGUUCGGCAAUUGCCGCAAGUGCGGUGGUCACCGAUUGGCUGGUGUACCUUUAGGAGGAACAUGUCGGCUACCGCCGGUUUCCUCGAGGUCGAGACCCAGUCUUGCGGGAGUCCUGAGGUCGUCGAUAGACGAUCCCUACGACCAGAUGCGACGGAAUCGUCUGGUGGAGCCGAGGACACGAGCCCGGAGUAUCUCUCCCCACCGUCCAUUGUCUCAACGCGAUUCCCGGAGCCAGAGCGUGGCACGGAACACGAAGGAGCGAAAGGGCUCGAUCGAAGGUACUUCCUCGAGAUCCGAAUGGUUCGACAAAGAGGCGGCCGCGAGCUACGAGGAAACGGGACGCAAGCAACGAGCGAACUUCACCGGUGCAUCAACGGACGAAUGGCUGGAGGAGGCGCCGCCGUUGCUCGCGGAUCCGCGGAAUCAGUCGGCCCCGACGAGCACCGGCAGGCUGGUUCGUAUUCCGAAAAAGGUCAAAGGCACGAGGAACGAUUGGUCGGAUUGCGCGCUGGUGAAAACGGCGGAAACCAGUCAGACGAAAAGCAACCACCAAGAUGACUGGAAGGAGAGGCCGUCGAGCGCCGGUGACUCGAGAAAGAGCAUCCUCGAGUGCGACGUGAAUCCGUAUCUGUUGUUGAAGAAACAAAAGGACGAGGACGACCUGAGCGACGACCUGUCGGACAACGCCCUCGAGCAAGACGACGCGAGGCCGCUGUCCAGCCUGUUCGAUUCCUCGAAAGUGAAAUCGAUCGAGAGGAUACCGAACAGAAGCGCGGUCGCGGCGAUCGGUGGCCAAAGGAUAAGGGUGUUCAACGAGCCACGAGAGAUCUCGGACGACGAGGAGGUCCCGCCGGUCACGAGGAUUCCCAUACCAAAGGUUUCACCGAAGCGACCACCGAGAAGGCUGAAGGAAGCCAAACAAACGCUGAAGAGUAUUCUGAAGCGGGGGAAGGUACUCGAGACCAGGAGGAAGAACGUCCUGUUCAACGUCGACAACGUGAUAUUCGCGCCUGAGAAGCCUUCGGAGGUGACACGAUUGUCUUGGAGCAGGAUCGGCAGGAUCGCUGGCUGCACCUCCGCCAGGGAACAACGGGGUAAUGACGAGUCGGAGGAGGAAGAGGAGGAGGACGAGGAAGAGGAAGAGGAGGAGCCAGUAACCGCGCCGAAUGAUCAGAGAGAGAAGUAUAAUUUCAUCACGAUCCCGAAUAUCAGGGACCCGAAAGUGGACAGAGUGAGACCCAAGGAAGCCAGGGUCGCGCAGGAUGUGUGCCAAAACCCCGUUAGCCCGGUUGUCGACGGGAUUAAGGUAGAUAAGCUCGUUACUUCUAUUAAUGUCGAGCGUGUCUUUAAGAAGAAGGAGAACGAGGUGCAGAGGCAAUCGGAGGACAUCGUUCCGCGAAACUUCGCCGAUCAGACCGUUCACUCGCCGAAACGCGAGAACACGAGGGAAGAUAACGAGGAGAGGAAGAGGAUAGAGGAAGUGAACGAGAUCAGGAUGGAGGAAAAUACCGAACUGCAGAUCGAGAUCGAGGAACGGAAGGAUCGUAUUCCAAGCAUCGCUGUGGACGAGAAGGACUUGAUAUUGAAAUCUGAGGAAAACUCGAAGCGAUCAUCCCUGUCGCGCAGUCAAAGCGAACGAUCGUUCAACAGGCCAGAGGUAUCAGCCGGCGAUGUUCUUUUCAUGGACACCAUGCGUCUCAGCCUUUGCAGAAAGGUCAAAGAACCAUCACCUUCCUUAGAUACGAACGAGCAACCGAUUCGACGCGAGGAAUCCGUCGAACCCACGAAAGAAACGACGAAAAGUCCCGAGUUGGAGAAAGAGACUGACCCGUUAAAAGUGGAAUGUCAGCCGGAAUUAUCAAACGCGCAGGAGAUCGAAGAAUUCCCAGCUGAAAGGAUAGCCAAACCAGAAAUGGAGCCUUCUACAGAUGUUCAGAGCCACUAUGAAGGAAACGGCGACCAUUUCCGUGGGAUGAGACCGACCAGUUGGUCCCCGCCGCCUGGCAAACAGAAGCAUCGUUACAAGAUCAACAGUUCCACGGUGAAGGCUAAAAUCGUGGAUCACAGCGAAUCGGAACGCAGCAGUCCGCUGCUGAAAACCACUUGGAGCACGUCGAAUUCCUACGGAUCCUCGAAGGUCGAAAUCGGAUCGACGACCGCGGACAGCAACGUGUAUAAAAUCACGGUCAGUCCGCGAGCAUCUCCUCUCGUCCACCGAUUGCAGAUAGGUCCAGGUACUAAUGGAUCGAGGAGGACGUCGAUCUUGAUCAACGGUGACACGACGCCCACCGCUGAGACAUCGCCCGACAACAAGGUGACCAUCAGCGUCGGUGGAGAAGACAGCGUCUACAAUCCCACGGUGAUCUCCGUGAACUCGGAGAAUCCGCCUCGAAUAAAGAGUUCCAGCGAGAAUCGCACGCUCGUGAUCCUCGACAACUACAAGUCCAACAUCGUGAUCGAGACCGGCAAGGAAGGCGCCAAAGAGAAACCGAAGUCGAAGCAAACGAAGACGAACGAAUCGGAACCCGUGGAAGAGACGGAGCAGUCUCCUAGGAACAGCGAAGCAUCCACGGGAGAUAAAACGACGUCGAGUACUGCAGAUACAAGCAUAGACACCGACGAUAAGCAAACGAAACCGAGUGCCGAGAGCAAGCCUUCCGUCACGGAGAAGGCCUCGAAGCUUUACGUAAGCAACGAUCAAACGCGAAACGAGCAAACGGAUCAUCAGAAGGACGAGAAUUCGUCGAAUCUGCCGAACCUGUCCAAGGAGGCGUUGAUCUCGAAGCUGCUCGAGGAUUCCUUGAGAAAAGCCAGAGAGAAUAGCGGCGAGGCUAUUUUGCAGAUACUGAAGCAGAGCUUGCUGAAGAGCAAAGAGUACGAGAGCUCGGAAUCCACUCUCGAGGCCAAUUACUCGAGAGCGUCCAGCUUAAAUUCGGAUGGUGACUUCAUCUCGACGAAUCUUUUCCUCGAGGAGAAUCCUUACGAAGUGAUCAAAGAGCCCAUCUACGAGGAGAUUCCCGAUGAACCUCCACCUCUGCCGCUCAGUCCGCCGCCCACGGAGGAUUACAUAAAGGACAGGAUAUAUUUCGGCGACAUAGACUACUACAGAAAGAGCAACUCCGAUCAGUUCCUUGGCACUUAUCUCACGGAUAAUGUGUUCAAAAAAUCCAACACCGUGGACCUCGCCGAGACCUACUUGUCCAAGAGUCCCGAAGACUUCUUCAAGAAAAUGUCCACGUCGCCGGACGACGAGAAUAUCUCGAGUAAAUUCGAGCUGCUCAACUUCCUCAUGGACUCGAAAGAUCGAGCGAUAUCCAUCGAAGAGGAGGACGACGACGAGGUCGAGGACGAAGAGGACACGGAGGGAGAUCUGGAAGCGCUGUACGAGCAAAAGGAGACCAGCCUCGGCGAUCUCAGCUCGAAAAGCUCGCAAAUAUCCAACGUUUCCGAUAGCAGCGAGGAAUGCAAUAUUAUACUAACCAGCUCAUCGGAAACAUCAAAAGUAAGGGCCGUAGAUAUAGAAAGAACUGAUAGUGGAGUGGGAUCAGAAAGCAGUCAAGCCAGCAGCACUCGGGGCGUGCCGAGACGUUGGAGAGCAGGAAAUGUCUCUUCGGGACCAGGAAGUCUCCUCAGUGGAAUCCCACAAGUGAUUUCCGGUGAUUCAAAGCACUGCGAGGACUGCGAGCAACGUUUGGAUCCUCUAAUAACGGACAGCGGUGUAGUGUACGCGCCAUUCGUGUGCAGAAAAUGCUCGAAGAAGAGGGUAGAGCGGAAAGAAAUUAUCACGGAAAUUGUGGAGACUGAACAAAAAUACGGGAGAGAUCUACAAAUUGUUCUGGAAGAAUUCCACAGACCUAUGCUAAGGGCUGGACUACUCACAUCCGAACAACUUACAGCGAUUUUUCUCAAUGUGGAAGAACUUCUCGAGCACAACCUGGUGCUCGCGGAGAAACUGAAAGAUGCCGUGGAAUUUGCUCAGGAAUCCGGGGACGAGGAUCUCUUAACGGUGGAUGUUGGAAAGAUCUUCCUGGAGUCUGAGCGGAUGUUGCAUGCAUUCGAAAGCUAUUGUACCCGUCAAGGAAGCGCAAGCUUGUUGUUGCAGAAUUUGGAGAAGGAGAAAGAACUGCUGCGAAUUUUUCUAAAAGUUUCACAAAUGGAAAACACCGUUUUGCGUAGGAUGAACUUGAAUUCCUUCCUAAUGGUUCCCGUUCAAAGAGUGACGAAAUAUCCUCUUCUGCUGGCUCGAUUACUGGAAGCUACGCCUUCUGUACGACCAGAUAUUCAAGAAGCAAAGGAGAGACUAAAACAGGCUCAGACUAAUAUAGAAUUACAUUUGGAACAUAUGAACGCUGAAGCAAAGGAUGUGACAUCGACGAAGCUUUGGAGAAGAAUUUCAAUUAUUCAGAAUGGUAGACGACCCAUCGGUGAACAGGAUAUGGUGAAUAUAAAAUUGAGAAAGAUGGCCGUAGAAGUACUAGAAUGGGCACACGAAGAAGCAAAAUUCGUGUUAGAAGGACGUCUCUUAGUUGCUCAGCCAACGGAUAAUAAUUGGAGACGCGGACGUACCGUUAAGCUUGCCCCUGUGACUGCCAUGUUGGUUACCAAUGGCAAGCCAAAUGCAGAGGACCUGGAAUUUAACGACGAUUCUCUGUUUCCAAGACAUAUUGGUAUUAAGGAAGCUACUUUACUGUUGGUUAAAGAAAAACUUGGACGUUAUUCUUUAUUGCGCGAACCGUUGUAUCUAGAUAAGUGUAUAGUAUGUUGUGAAACAGACCUUGAAGAUUAUUUUGAAAUUCAAGAGUUGUCCUCGAAGGAAACUUUUAUAUUUAAGGCCGAAGAUGGCGCCAGAACAAAGAGAUGGUGUAGAACACUACAAGUUCAUGCACAAUCCCUCGGUGCAUGGCGUAAACGUCGCGGAGCAUUGCCAAAUAUCAUGAUAUGCGGUGUCGCAAGAAAUUGAUGAAAACACGACACGAUUAGAUAUAAAAAUAGAAUCCAAAUUUACAACUAUUAUUUAAAGGUGAUUAUGAUUCCUAAAUGCACACGAAUGACCAUUCGUGAAAUCGAUUAAACUGGCGUAUAAUCUCCAGAUGAAUUAGUAGUGAUUUUUCACUACUAAUCUACUUUAUCAGGAGAAUGUAUGUGUUGAACCAAAGGAUUUCCUCUGCUCAUUGAUGGAACAUGUCAAUGAGUAAUAAGAAAAUCUAGUUCUUGCCGUGCGCAAAUUAUUUUGCGUUCGGUUACAGUACGUUGCAGAAACUUCAGUUUCCUACGUCGCUGUAGUCAACACGUUGUACAACAUUAUAUCGCGUUACAAACACUUCCUUUCUUUUCUCCUGAAUACUUCAACUACGCAUGUAUACCGGAUGAGUAAUUACCCAUAAGCAUUAUUUAAUAAUUGCGUUGAAAUUGAAAGAGCAGAGAGUAGCUGUGAUACUGACCGGUGUAUUGGGUAUUUCCAUCAAAUUAUAUCAAAUACCGUGGUACGAAUCUGAGCUUUUAUUCUUGUAGACUUCAUGAAUGACAUUUAACUUUCGCGAAAAUAAAUCGAUAAUAAUGUACAUAAUAUUAAAAUGAGGUAAUAGGGUUGUUAUACUUUGUACCUACGAUUUAUGAGAACCAAGAAACUGCCAAAUGUUUCAUAAAACCAGGCUUGAUAAUGAUUUAUAAAUUAAUUAAUCUACUAUAUUCCAUAACUAUCCAUUGAAUAAUAAUUAACAGUAUUUUAUGUCG